GUAGUCUGUUUUCGAAAGAGUUCUUGUCACUUGUGUACAAAACAAUUUUAUGUCCAUCUCGGGAAAAGCUAAAGUAUUUGUCACUACUAUUUAUAAUAGCUUGCUAAACUUCUCAACUUUCAAAAAGGUAUAUGCUUUCAUAUCCUUAGUGCUUAAACAAAAAACUUGAACAAAAUGGUUGAGAAAAAGAUCAUCUCAGAACUUCCACCCAGUACCGUGCAACUGAUAACUGCAACACAAAUAGCGACUUCUGUCUGCAACAUAGUAAAAGAGUUGGUUGAAAAUUCCCUAGAUGCAAGCUCUACUGUUGUAAGAGUUAAACUGGAAAACAGUGGUCUUAGCAAGAUUGAAGUAACAGAUAAUGGGUCAGGAGUUAGUAAAGAAAAUGUUUUGAAGAUGGCUUUGCCUCAUUACACAUCCAAAAUUAGUCAGCAUCAAGAUUUGGAAGCUCUCUCAACUUAUGGAUUUAGAGGUGAAGCAUUAGCUGCCAUUUGUGCUGUAGCCAAAUUGUCGGUUACGACUAAAACGGCUGAAGAUCCAGUGGCUUCAACCUAUACUAUGGACAGUAAUGGUGAUGUGGUGGAUGUGAAACCGUCUCAUUUGAGUCAAGGCACUUUAGUCGUCAUGACGUCACUCUUCUGGAAUAUUCCUGUUCGCAAACAAUAUUAUCAAACUCCAAAAAGAAAAAAAGAUGAGCUGAUUAAAGUUGAAGAACUCCUUCUCAGUUACGGAUUGAUUCAUCCCGAACUCCACCUAAGUCUUCACCACGACCACAGUUUGAUCUGGCAAAAGAAUCGAGCCACCGACUUUACAGCAAACAUUCGUCAAACACUGGGUCACGAAAUUUGUUCUAACAUGGAAUUCAUCAGCGAAGAUGAGGUGAUACAAAUGGUGUUAGUGGUUCCUAAAAGGACUGCUCCUUUAGAAAUUUGUUAUCGAAAUCGUCCUGAUCGUUGUUUCACCUUCAUCAACCAACGUCCUGUUAUUUCGAAAGACAUUGAAAAGCUGAUGAAAGAGCUUUACGGAUUCAUUCGGGAUGGUGAUCAAAAGUCGGCAGUUUAUCCAAUAUUCAUCGUUUCGCUACAGUUCCCAGGAGACGAAGUGGAUGUCAAUGUAGAACCCAACAAAACUAAAGUGUUGUUGAAACGGCAAGGUGAAGUCCUCGAGUUAAUAAGAAAACGGGUUUCCGACAUUCUAGGAACAAAUUUGGUUGCCGAGAAGCCAACGGAAGUUAAUUUGCAGACAGCUGAAUGCGAGAACAGCACUUUAGCGGUUAACCCAGACGUGACGGAGGUGCGAAUGGUGGAAGAAACUGUAUUGGAGGAUCAACACAAAAGUCAUACUCAAGCUCCUCUUCAUACCCAGUUUGAAACCACUUUUGAUUCACAAAUUGGAUUUCGUCAACUUGAAUCAACCCGAAUUGACUCCGUUGAUGGUUUUCCGGAAGACGAUUGUUUGUUUCGUGGAUUUGACGAACCAUUUCAGGUCCCAGUAGAAAAGGAAAGCUUCGAAACGAAUGAAUCCGCUUCUAAUGAACCUGAAAUCAUAGCGAUUGGCUCUGAUCAGUGGAGCAGGGGACUAGCAACAAAUUCGGAUGGACAAAUUGUUCAUGCGAUACAGGUGCUAAGAGGACAGCCACACUUGGCCAAGCGACUAUCGGAUCCUCCAGUUUUAGGCAAUCUAGCUAAGAAGCCGAAGCUAAUUGAGACAAUGGAAACGUCGAGAAUCGUUGGUUCAUCACCUUCCCUUUUAGAGACUGUGAAUGGAAGAGUUCGAAAAAUUCCAGCAGAUCCAUUUGGUGAAUACUGCAAAGACGUGAGAAACGAAAGUAAAAAUCCGAAAAUAUUAAUGUACUUUGAUCGAUUUUUUACUAUAUCCCUUUUUUUGUUAGUUCUUUCUCAAGAUCCAACGAUGAGCUUUACUGAGUUGUCGCAGAAUUUGAAUAACGGAUGGAAAAACCUUGAUAAAAACAGUCGGGAGAAAUACGAAAUGAGAUCCGAAACCAACAAGCAACGUUAUAAUGCGAACAAGCUUCGAACGCCAAAAAAAUCAUCUAUGAGCAAUACUUCUUUAGAUCGCUAUUUGCUCGGCUCACAGACACCCGUCAUUCGGACUGAAAGAACUCCAAGCAGAAGUGUAGUUGCAUCUGCCCCACCUCCUAAAAGAACGUCAAGUAACAUUGACUUUUCCAUGGACAUUUUGAACCAGUCGCUCGAAUCUUCCCAAUUAAAGACUAAAGAUCAGUGGUUCUGCUUGAAGAAAAUCGAAAGCGGUAGUUGGCUUUGUUCCAACAGAAAUGACGUCAUGGCCGUCAAUUUCACUCGACUUUACGAGAUGAUACUUUACACUCGACUCGUCAAUGAACACGUCAUUCCGUCGAGGACUGUUAACAAUCCCAUGUUGAUCGAUAAAAAAACCUUUGGAGACCUUAUGGGCUGGAGAAAACUCCUAAGUUUACCAAGCGAGUGGGAAACUGCUACAACUCGGACUAUCACUGAUUCUCGGGUCGUCGCCAACGGCGUCGGAAUUCGUCUGGGUGUUGACUCUGACGAUGCUGGCGUUGUGGUGUAUCAAGUCCCUGCAAAUGUCCAAAGAUUCGAUUUAAACGACGUCCGAAAUCUCCUACGUCAAGUCACAAAAGACGGCAGUACUGUGGAAAGUUGUCGUCCUGGUCAGAUAAUCAUGUACUUGAAGUCUGAAGCUGCGCGACUUGCUGCCGGGCGAUGUACUGAACCGGAGACAAAUGAGGUUUGCGAAUUGCUUGAACAAUGGCUGUCGACUGAUCCCGAAAAUGUUUGCUUACACGGAGAACCUGUCUUCUGGAGUCAUUCCAUCGGGGCUCUGCCAGCGAACAAAGAGAACACAUACUGAAAUGUUUACCAGCAGUACUGUAACUACCCCAUUUUCUUUCUUUUUUCUUUUUUUUCUUUUGGUUAAUAAGAAGUAUGCUAAGUUGUUAUUAUUGUACGGGAUCGAUACAUACAUUUCCCCCUGUUUCUCA